UAAAAACUCAUCUAACGUCCUCUAUGUUGGAAUCAUCUUUGAAUCACUUUGAACCCUUUUGGCGUUUUAAGCUGUCUCAGUGAUGGGUAUUCUGGAUAUGGUCUCCGAACUCUGUGACUGUGACUGGCACGGUCUUCACAGUCGCAAUAAGCUCAAAAAACGCAGGCAACUUCAGACGGUGGAGAUAAAGGUGAAAAUAGACUGCGAAGGUUGCGAAAGGAGGGUGAAAAAAUCGGUGGAAGGCAUGAAAGGAGUGACACAGGUGGAAGUGGAACGGAAGAUGAACAAGCUGACGGUGAUUGGGUACGUAGACCCCAAGAAGGUGUUGGAACGUGUCAGACAUCGAACGGGGAAGAAGGCUGAGUUGUGGCCCUACGUGCCUUACGAUGUUGUCCCGCACCCCUACGCGCCAGGCGCGUAUGAUAGGAAGGCCCCACCUGGGUACGUGCGGAACGUGCUGGAUGAUCCAGUGUCUUCCUCUCUCGCACGUGCCAGUUCUUUGGAGGUCAAGUACACGACGGCGUUUAGCGAUGAAAACCCCGAUGCCUGUGUAGUCAUGUGACGUUUGAUUAGGGAUUAAAAUCGUUGUUUAAGUAUUUAUAGAAAUAUGGGUUAGUUAAAAAUAUUGUGAAAAAAAAGUAUUGUGAUGCUUUAAACACUGAAAAUAUGAUUGUAUAAACACCCCUGAAAAACUCCUCCUUGGUUGCCUGUGUGCCUGUGUAUAUGUGUACAAUUUAUCAAAGGUGGUGCUUGUAACUUUUUUUUUUUUUUUUUUUGGGAUUAUGGAUAUAUGUAUAUAUUGCCAUGGAGGCUGGGACUAUCAAACUUUAUGAAAGUCUCGUGUUUGAUUAUUAUCAAUGGAAAUAUUGCUUGCGAAACUAAUUAAGAAA